AUGAAACCAACUGAAACCAGUAAAAAUAUAUGGAUCGCUGCUGGUGAUGGUGAAAUAGAACGAGUACAGGAAUUCAGAGAAUGCAAGUACAAAUCUAUAGUAAAGGGUGACAAAUUAUGGUUCACAUUUCGUGAAAUUUUAAUUACCGAAUUAAUAUCUCGAGGCAUUUCGCCGAAUGAAAAAGAUCAAAAUGGUUAUACACCUUUGGCAGCUGCAGUUUCUUACAAUCAUAUAGCCAUUAUAGAAUUAUUGAUUUCAAAUGGCGCAGAUGUGAACAUUCGUGAUAAUGAGGGCGAUACACCAUUAUGUGUUGCAGAAACAGUGGAGGCCGCUCAGUUACUGUUACAACACGGGGCAGAUCCAUUUAUCAGAAAUACCGAAGGGAAAACGCCAGCACAGGUCGCCUUUGAGGAGGAAUGGUUGGAUGUAGCUCAUCUUUUGAGAUCAAUAACCGGAGAACGACAAAACGAUUCUGAAGCUGAAUAA